AUAUCCAUUAAUCCAUAACCUUGGAACAGCUAUAGUCUCUCUAUGGUUCUGCUCUUUUUCCACUUACUAAUGCAUGCUUUAAGACACCUGAAUUUUAGACUUUGUGUCUUAAAAUCUCAGAGCUGCAUCAUCCAUCUAUCCUCCACCUAAAGAAAAUGGCGGAUUCCCAAAGAUCAUCGUCAUCGCUGAUCAAUCCUAGAAAUGGUUUCUGUGUUGCAAACUCAACAUUCUACAGUAAACGCAACCCAUUGCAACUUCCAGCGAACACCUCGCUUGACGUCACAACAUUUAUGGCCUCUCAAGCUCAUUGUGGCACUACUGCCUUCAUCGACGCGGCCACAGGUCACAGUAUAAGCUUCUCCGAUUUCUGGAGAGCCGUUCAUAAUGUCGCCGACUGUCUCCACCAUGACAUCGGCAUAAGGAGAGGUGACGUCGUACUCAUCCUCUCCCCUAACUCCAUCUCCAUCCCCGUCGUAAGCCUCGCCGUCAUGUCCCUAGGGGCCGUCAUAACCACCGCGAAUCUUCUGAACACUGCCAGUGAGAUCUCUAGACAGAUUGCAGACAGCAAGCCAAAGCUGGCCUUCACAACUCCUGAGCUAGCCCCAAAACUCGCAGCCUCCGCCGAUAUCUCUGUUGUCUUGACGGAGGAGGAAGAGGAAGAGCGCGUGAGAUACACUCGGGGAGUCAGGGUCGUUGGGGUUUUAACCGAGAUGAUGAAAAAGGAACAGAGUGGUCCGCGAGUCAGAGACCGAGUUAACCAAGACGAAACGGCGAUGCUGCUCUACUCGUCGGGAACCACAGGAAGAAGCAAAGGAGUGGAUUCGUCUCACAGAAACUUAAUCUCGCACAUAGCAAGAUACAUCGCCGAGCCAUUUGAGCCAAAUCAGACUUUCCUCUGCACCGUUCCGAUGUUCCACACCUAUGGAUUACUGAUCUGCGCCAUGGCCACCGUAGCGUUAGGUUCGACUCUGGUAAUUCUCCGGAAGUUUGAUCUCCACGAUAUGUUGGCGGCAAUCGAGAAAUACAGAGCCACGACUCUGGUUUCGGCGCCGCCGGUUUUGAUAGCUAUGAUCAACGGCUCAGAGCUUAUCAAGGCCAAGUACGAUUUGACCUCCCUGAAAACGGUUAGAUCCGGUGGAUCCCCGUUGAGCAAGGAGGUUACAGAGAGUUUUCUAGAGAAAUAUCCAACGGUUGAUAUUUUUCAAGCGUACGCUUUAACGGAAUCAAACAGCGCGGGGGCUUCCAUAGAUUCGGUGGAGGAGAGUCGGAGAUAUGGUGCCGUUGGGAAGUUGUCGUCCGGCGUGGAAGCGAUGAUUGUAGAUCCGGGUUCGGGUCGGAUCUUGGGUGAGAACCAAACGGGAGAGCUUUGGCUCAAAAGUCCCGCCAUUGCAAAAGGUUAUUUUAGAAACGAAGAAGCUACAAAAGAAGCUUUUAAUUCAGAAGGAUGGCUUAAAACUGGAGAUCUCUGCUACAUCGACCAUGAUGGAUUUCUUUUUGUUGUGGAUCGAUUGAAAGAAGUUAUCAAAUACAAAGCUUACCAGGUCCCUCCAGCUGAACUAGAAGCUUUGCUGCUCACUCAUCCUGAGAUCAUUGAUGCUGCAGUAAUUCCGUUUCCGGACAAAGAAGUGGGGCAAUUUCCGAUGGCGUGCAUUGUACGAAAAAGUGGAAGCUACUUAACAGAGAAGUCGAUAAUGGAGUUUGUAGCAAAACAAGUGGCACCGUACAAGAAGAUACGAAAAGUGAAAUUCAUGUCUUCUAUACCAAAGAAUCCUUCAGGCAAGAUUCUACGUAAAGAUCUCAUCCAGCUCGUCACUUCCAACUCCAAGCUUUGAAACUGUUACAAGACUAUAUAAUGAGAGCCCAAUCUCAAUGUAUAAAUAUUAAAUCUAUCACCUCUGUGGCUUUGUGGAAAAACCAAAACUAAAUAACACUCUCCAUCCAUUUGGAAAUAUGACCGUAAUUUGUUAUAAUCAAAGAUCCGAACACUAAGUACGUACUCCA